UAGAAACGGAGGAGCGCGGAUAACCGGGCGGACCGCUCCAGCUGGUCUGAGGCUGCCACUUUUUAACCUCGAAUACAACAGCACCGGGUCUCCGGCAACACCACGGACCGUUUUACAUUCACAAGAAAGUCGAGGAAUUCAUCUUCAAAAUCCCGUGGUUUAUAUGUACGUGACGUGCAACGGCAGCGGGACAAACCUCCGCCUGGUCGUCAACAGAAACCGAGGGAAAUGUCCUGGUGGUCCCGAGGUGAGGAUGGAGAGGAGGCCAUGCAUCAAGACACCGACUCGGACGUGGCAGAGCAGAGAGAAGGUGGAAAAGUCAAGGUGAAGUGGACUCAAGAGGAGGAUGACAAGCUCAAGGCCCUGGUGCAAAAACUGGGGAUGAAUGACUGGAAAAACAUUGCCAGCUACAUACCAAAUCACACUGAGCACCAGUGUCAGCACCGCUGGUUUAAGGUCCUGGAUCCAGAACUGGUUAAAGGUCCCUGGACCAAAGAGGAGGAUGAGAAGGUAAUUGAGCUUGUAAAUCUCUAUGGGAACAAACAGUGGGCGGUAGUAGCUAAACAUCUAAAGGGCCGACUGGGGAAACAGUGCAGGGAACGCUGGCACAACCACCUCAACCCCAACGUCAAGAAGUCGUCGUGGACCGCCGAGGAGGACCUAAUCAUCUACAAAGCCCACAGCUUGCUGGGAAAUCGCUGGGCUGAGAUUGCCAAGCUGCUUCCUGGAAGGACAGACAAUGCAGUGAAGAAUCACUGGAACUCCACCAUCAAACGCAAGUUAGAGAUGGGCUUUUACGCUGGGGAAGUCUUCAAACCAAAUGAACUGGAAGUGCUCUUGGCCCGCGUUAAUAAAGACAUGCAGGUGCCCGGUUCAUCUCAAGAAGCAGCCGAAAAUGACCAAGAACAGAAUGCACAUCCUUCAGAAGCCUCAGUUAAAGCCAAGCCCGUUGACAGUGGUCCUUCAAAGUCUGUCGUCUCGCCCAAGAAUGACUUAAGCCCCAGGACGGACGUGGACGCCUCAGGAGAAAUGAACGUGACCAACUGGGUGGUGGACAGCUCAGGGUUUCUGUCUCCAACAGGUCCUGCACUGAAGGAAGUUCUGGACAUGGUUGACGGGGAUCUUGAUGGAUGGUGCAACUUGGCAGCUUUUGACCUCCCUGUUGACAGCCCCAGCCCAGAGCGCCACCAGUUUCGUCUCGAGGGCAGCGCUUUGCAGGAGCUGAGCAAAGGCAGCAAGGGGGAGUUGAUCCCCAUAUCCCCCGGGGGGGUGACGCCACCCUCCAUCUUGAACCGCAAGAGCCGCAGACGCAUCGCCUUGUCUCCUGAUGCCAAUAAUUCCAUGACUCCCAAGAGCACUCCUGUCAAAAUCCUGCCCUUUUCGCCUUCACAGUUCCUCAACAUGUGGACGAAGCAGGACUCUCAUGACCUGGAGAAUCCGUCCCUGACUUCGACGCCCGUGUGCAGCCAGAAGGCCAUCGUGACGACGCCUCUGCAGCGGGAUAAGACCCCCCUGACUCAGAAGGACCACUCUGUAUUUGUUACACCCAACCACAAGUCUGAGCUCUGCACGACGCCGCGAACUCCGACUCCGUUCAAGAAUGCAAUGGAAAAGUACGGCCCUCUGCAGCCUCUGCCUCAGACUCCUAACCUGGAGGACGACAUAAACGAGGUCAUCCUCAGAGACGCUGGGAUCAAUCUGGUUGUUGUGCGUUCAACUCCUCCUGAACAAAGACGCAAAACAAUGCACCGCCCUCCCAUGAAGAAGGUGCGUAAAUCCUUGGCUCUUGACGUCAUGGACUCCCAGGUGAUCCCUGCAUCCAAAAACAAAGCCAUGAAAACGGAAUCUAAACCCAGCAUGAAGGAAGAACCCCCGGUGGCUAACCUGAACACGUCGACAUUUUGCAGUAAAGGACAUGAAAACAUUCUGGAUCAGGGUUUCCUGUUGGGACCGAGUGACAGCGCCAUAAUUUCCAGCGCAGUUCCCCCCACUCCAAUGUCUAAAGAAUGGGAGACGGUUGUAUGUGGACAAACUAAAGACCAGCUCAUAAUGACGGAAAAAGCAAGGCGCUACCUUCGCUCACUGAAGUCCCACACUCCCAGCCGAGCUCUGAUUCUGUCCUGAAGCUUCACUCAAUGUGUUACUACACAAACCUUUUUUUUUGUCAGACGUUUUUUUUUUUCUGUUGUAAUAUGUGGCUUAACAAAAAGAACACACCUUGUGUAGGUUUAGUACCGUUUUUGGUCUUAGUCAUUAGCAGUCAAACCUUUUACAGCACAACUAUGAAUCACCUGAGCAGGGAUCAUCUGACAAAAACAGCGUUUUUUUUUUAUGUAGUAUUACUUCGCAGACCUCAUCCAAGUCCUGAAAAAAAAAACAUGGAUCAUUUUUAAUGUAUUCUUGUCAAUGAAACGUUUGGAGAAAAUGACGGAUAUAUGUCUGCUGUCAGUGGAAGACAGUUUUACAUUGUAUAAUGCUUCUGUGUAAUUUAACAGUUGUUUUAAAGGGGGAGGGUCCAAACACUCAGGUUGCACUUCCACGCCUAUGCUUCCUUUCCAUUACUGCUGAAUGUGCAGUAAAUGAGACGGGAUGUUUGAUAAUGCAAAUUGAGAAAAGGGGAUUGAUGUUGAAGAUGCUAAUUGUACAUUGUCCUGUUUGAUGUGAGAUCCUGUAGUGUUUGUUCUUCAGUGAUGUACGCGACACAGUGGACUAACCUCAUACUGAAUCACAAGGGGCAUCUAAGAUGGAAAUGUUUCUGCAACACACAUCGAUGAUCAACAGUCUGAGUCUGAAAACCUGAAUAACUGUGAGACCUGAGAGUAUUUUUAUAGGAUAUAGUAGCUGAGAUGUGAUGCUUGCAGGCAUGGAGGGUGUAUCGUUGACCAUGAACAUAAGUAUUAUGUUAUUUGUCUGUAUGUAAAUAAUUAGUGUCGUAUGUUUUUAAUCAUUCGACAGUUAAUGAGGUUGAAUAAAACAUCAGUUACCCUGUUUGUCUAAUGCACUUUUCUCCAUGAUAUAUGAUAUAAAAGAAAUGUGAUGUCUACUGCUUUACAUUUACUGUAAACCAACCUCAGAGACAGGAUGUUGUAAUAGAUCCUGGAAA